AUGGAUCACGUCUCGACGCUCUGUGCACUGAGCACGGUAGGCAUCGCACCGUCCGGCUUCGCCCUCGGUCGUGUCGAACGCACCCGCCUCGCUCGCCGGAAAACACUUCCGCCUCAAGAACAGCCUCCCUGUGCUACGCAGCCGGCUGCUACAGAUGCACGACCAAAGACCUCGAUCUCGAUUUCCACCCGGCUGACAGACGCGGGGGCGGACUGGUCUCGCAGCAAUGACGAUGGCGGGGACCCACGCAAGAGCUCAGAUCUCCGGAGGGCAUCACUGUCCUUCGGGGCGGCCAGGCUGCGGCGGAGGGGUCAGACUCUGACCAACCCGCCAUUGCGAAUUGCUGAGGAGGAGGAAGCCUCCCAAUCACGGCCAUCGUCCAGCUGGCUGCGGCGGCUGUCACUGGCCUCCUUCCAAACAGAUAGCGCCUCAGCCCAUAGCCCCGUGACUCCGUCCUUCAAUGGCUCCGCCAGUCCAAUCCUGCCUCGUCCUCCCAGCCAGCGCCGAGCUCCAAACAAGUUGGUCAAACGCUCGUCAUCACAGAUUUCCAAUGUGUUCGUCAACCCGGCUCCCGCAUUGUCCAGUCCGACUGCCUUGCGUCGGCCGGCCACCAGCUAUCAACGAUCUGAGACUAUGCAUUUGAAUACCCCUAUAGCCGCCGAGUUCACCUCCCGUUUCUCUGGGCAGUUCCUUGAGUCCCCAGUGGCGGGAGACUUUGAGCUCAGCCAGCAAACUGACUGGAAACCGUAUCUGCACCCCAAGGCCGACAGGAUAUCGGAGAAGUUGGCCCGCAGGUUGCCCACUCCAGGUACCUCCAAGGUUCCAGUGGUGCGGCAGCUCGUGUCUGAUGGAGACACAGUGCCGGCCUUGAUUUUGGCGACUGCGAUCACGGUCAAGACUACUGCAGACAAGCCCGAGUCUGUGCCAGAUACUCCAGUUGAAGUUCACAAUCCAAUCCAGGCUACUGGUAGAAUUGCUCCGCCGGUCGACCAGACCGAAAAGCUGAAGCACAAGCAUUCGUAUUCCCUCAACGAUGUCGAGACGAAGAAGACCGUUGUGGCCGACACGGUUACGGCCACCGGCACUCCGCUCAGUGGGCGGCCUCGCGGGGGAUCUUUGAAACGCGUGAAAGGAAGAACGUUUUCCAUACCCCGUUCGGAGCUCUCCCCUUCUGAAAGCAUACUCCCAAGCUCGCUUCAGCCUCGUCCACGACGAAACACCACCGAUCCCAGUCUGCCUCGCCGCUCGCACACCAUUGCGCAGCCCGGCAUGGCUUUCUCAACUCGCAUCGGUCCACGGUCGGUGUCUCAGGACUAUCAAUUAGGAGCGAGUGCGCUGCGUAGGCCCCGUCCGCUGAGUUCCGAUGUUCUUUCCUGGCAGCAUGGAUCGUAUCGUCCGGACUAUACCCCCUCGCUCCGUAAUCGGCCCAAACGGCAUUCAAUCGCCGCUUCAGACCCGGCAUCGACCAUCAUCGGGUCAGACGACACGCGCGUGUUUACGUCCGGUGAUGAGUACGAGACGGACCUGGUGAGCGACUACUGGGAUUCGGUGCGGACACGCGGGUCCAGUCGCAGCGGAGCAAAAGGACUGCGUAUCGAGACCAUGUUCGACAAGGCAGGCCCGCGGCUCUCCAAUGAGGCAGUUGCGACCCUGGAGGACCUUAUCCCCCGUUCGGUAGGCUCACACCUGGACCAAAACCCGCUCUUCCCCGACACCCUCCUGGCUUCCCCAACACUUCCCCAGCAGAUGGGUGGAAACGUGACAGCCCUGUCGGACGUAUCAGACGAGGGAGACGCAUGCAGCAUGGUCAGUGUCGUGCCUAACGAUUCAGUCCCCAAACGCUCACCUUCGGGCAAGUCGGUGGAGACGACUGGAUCAGCGGGGAAGAUGAACAUCUUCGACUGGUCUGAACAACCCCGUUCUUCAGAUCGCGAACCGCCUGGCACUGAGACUCGUCCCCGGACCGUUCAUGGGAAGCAGGAAUGUGUGGACCGCGGCAGCCGUGCCACCGGUCGGAAAGCAGCGUCCACCGUACACCUUCGAAGCCAGAGUGUUCCCGUGGCGCGAGACCCGCCACUGGCGGAGUCACGGCAAAGUUCAGGCAAAUUUGGCACCUGGGGUCUGGGUACCAAAGGGGUCAGCGAAGACUGGGACAGCGAUUUUGACUUUGACGAGCCGCAAGAGACCAACAACGCCAGCCCGACCUCGAAGCCCUCCGAGUCCGAUCAUCGUCAGAGUAUGACAGUUCCAAAAGCCAUUCUCGAACGCCAGGCCAGCCUCCACGGCCAGUUUGGCCAGGUUCAGGAACUAACACUCCUGGUGGAAGAGCUCAAGCGCCUUCGACAUCAAGCGAGUGUCUUGGAUCUUGUCAGUGGACCAUCCGGUGAGCUCUGGAAAGAAGCAGAAGGCAUUGUGAAUCUGGCCACCAUCGAUGAUGAUGAUCACCGGUCACCUCCACGCUCGCCUUCUUCUCUGACUUUCAGCUUUGAUGAGUCCGAUGAGGAAGCUGUCAACACCAAUGGUUCGUCCAAACGAAACAGCGACAACUCAUGGCAAGAUAUCCCUGAUCAAGAUCGACCCUCCUCGUCUGGUCCACCUCUGGGUCAACUCACCAGACGCUCCCCCAAGUCAAAGUCAGUGCUGGAUAUGCUGUCACCCAGUCGUGGCUCGGCCCCCUCAGCUCUCGACUUUGAUCCAGCGACACGAACCCAAAAACUCCCCUUCGACACCUCGUCCCUCCGGGAUCUAGUCGUCCGUGCAGGCGUCGUCACGCGCGCCCUGAAAGAGGUAAUUCGCAAAGCCGAAGGUGUCUCCGCGAGUCCGCCAGAUGUUUUUCCUUCUGAUCCACCCUUCCGACGAAUCUUCGACCAACCAUCCCACGACGAUCUUGCCAGCUUCGAGGCUGCCAUGGCCGAAAUGCAUUAA